CUUGACUCACGCAGUUCAAGUUUGGGGGGAAAUUGAAUUCUCCCCGAGAAAAAUAGGAUUCGGGAAAACCCAAAAGAUUUCGCGGUUCCCUGAAAGUUUCAAUUUCGUUUGGGGUACGGAAAUGGUCCAUUUCCAGACCUUCAAAAGUGGCGGGAAAUCGUUAGUUUUCGCUCUCGAUUUUUUUCCCGCCGGAGAAGAAGAAGCUCGAAAACAAAUACCACUUCGCAAUCGGGAAAUGCGAGCUCUUCUUCGUCUCUAGCAUCUUGGAAACCCCCAUCUCUUCAAGAAAAACAAUUUCCACAAAAUCCCAUUUUCCGCUGCCGGUUCUUGAAGCUGGGCUUCGAAGAUUUUGCCCAGAACUGAACUACAGCGAGAAAAUGGGAAGCAAGAAGAGGGCUGCUGCCGAUGACAACGAGCACAGAGCGAAACGGACCAAAUCUCCUGGAGUUCGAGUCAUUGGGGGCCGGAUCUAUGAUUCUGAGAACGGCAAAACUUGUCACCAGUGCCGGCAAAAAACCAUGGAUUUUGCCGCAUCUUGCAUGAACAAGAAAGGCGAGAAGCUGUGUACCAUAAAAUUUUGUCACAAGUGCCUUUUAAACAGAUACGGAGAGAAAGCAGAAGAGGUGAUGCUCAUGGAAGACUGGCAUUGUCCCAAGUGCAGAGACCUUUGCAAUUGCAGCGUUUGCAUGAAGAAAAAAGGUCUUAAACCCACUGGUUUGCUAGUACACACAGCCAAAGCAACUGGGUUUUCUUCUGUCUCAGAAAUGCUUCAAGUGAAUGGUUCUGACUGUCUGGAUCGUGAUAAGAACAUGAUAAGCAAAGUUGCUUCACCAAAAAAGCAGGCUUCUGAAAACAAGGAGUGUGUCAUGAUUUCACCAAGGAAACAAGGGAAGGAAAAUUAUUUAAAUGGAAAUAAUGAGUCGAACUUGAAUUUGCAGAAUCAAACUCCAAAAUCUGAUAAAAAGAAGUUGAAGGAAAUGAAGCAUGAAGAACUAAGAGAAAUAUGCAAUGGAAAUAAGGUUGAUGUUAAAUGCUCGACGAAGAGCAGUCCAACAAAAUCCAGCUUAGAGGAAAGUUCUAAGGAACAAACUGAAGCAAAUGGGAGGAAUGGCUCUCUUCCCUCAAAGAAAAAGGGCUCUAAAAAGAAGACCUCUAAGGAUGCGGCCUCUGAUGUUAGCAGACCCAAAGAUGCCAGAGAAAAAAACAGUCCGUGUCAUGAGGAUGCAAAAGCACCAGAUGCUAUGAAAGAGGAAGACAGGAGGUACUCAAAGGAUGUUUCUAACCAUCUGAUUACAGCAGAAGGCACAAAAGAAGAAACAACUUUGGAUAUUCACAAAGAUGCGAACAAUAAUAAAACCAGGGUCAAAGACAAGCCACUAACAAUGUCCCAGGAAAAUAUGAAAUGCACUGUGAAUGGGAACAAGGAAUUUGUUGCCUGUGUCUCUUUGCCUCUGGGUUCAAGGUUAACGACUGUAGCAGAGCUUGAACUGACUACAGAAGAUGUUGGUCAUGCCUUGCAGUUUUUAGAAUUCUGUGCAGCUUUUGGAAAGGCUCUUAAUUUAAGGAAAGGGCAUGCUGAGUCUGUACUCAAAGACCUUAUGCGGGAUAGAACUCAGAGAAGACGGGGCCGAGUGUAUGAUUCACUAACUGUUCGAUUUCAUAUUCAACUCCUGUCUCUGAUAUUGAAGGAUAUGGAUGAAGAGUCUGCUAUCUCUAGUCCCACAAAUGAUGGAAGCUCAUGGUUGCUGGCUUUGAAGAAAUGCAUUUCUGCAUCCACAUUUAAGUUGGAUGAUCUCAAACCAGAUUACUUUGAUAGAGGUGACAGUUGCUAUGAUGACUUGGACUUCUCAAGAAAGCUCCGGCUAUUGACUUACCUAUGUGAUGAGGCUCUCAAUACUACAAAAUUGAGAAAUUGGAUUGAUGAACAAAACGCUAACUUUGUUGAGGAACAAAAGGAAGCAAAAGAAAAACUUGCUGCACUGAAGGAUAAGGAGAAACAAGCUAAGCACAAAUUGCGAGAUGAGUUGGCCAAAGCUCUUAUUGCAAAGAAUGGUAUUCCCCUUACAAUUGCAGAGCAUGACGCUAUUGUUUCACAAAUGAAAAGAGACGUAGCUGGAGCUCAAUCUGAAAGACUUGUUGAAUUGGAAGUGGCAUCAAAGAGAAAACAAAGAUCAGAUGCUACUAGGACAGUUCCCAUAAUUUUGGAUGCUAAUGGUCGUGUAUUUUGGAAUUUAAGAGGCUUUGCUGGUGAAGGGAAUAUAUUGUUACAAGAUAUGGAAAGCUGGGAAACAGUCAAUCCAAGCGAAAAGUGGUCUAUGUAUAAAGGCGAGCAGAAACAAGAAAUAGAAAGAUACAUUUCUUCUUUAAGGAUGAAGAGGCUUAGACUAGUGCAAGCAGCUCAAACUCUUCCAGAUGGAAGCAGUGUGGCAGCUUCAAUCUGUUGACAUUUCCCAUCUCUGACCCAAAAAAAAUUAUUUGGCACAGAGGGUAACCUUACAGCUACUCUCAGCUGUUUUUUUGUACACACAAAUCAUCUGAAAACCAUGAUUUGGUAGUAAGUUUGAAGAUAUUUGAAGAGGGAAUCCAUUGUAGGAUACAACUGGUACUUAAUUUGUAUUGGAUUUAUCUCCUGCGUCGAUGCCAUAUGUGUCGAUGGAAAUUUGAUGCUUUGGUUAUGACACGUAAUUUCACAAAAUGUUUUAGAAA